AGAGGGUGGGGCGGGCUCUGGAGGCCGCUCAGGGGCUCCGGCAGCAACCCAAAGAAGACACAGGGCUUCUAGCGACUGCACAGCGGCAUCGCGCUAGUUCUAUAGCCAGUCUUAAAUCCACCAGAACUAGAUUCUGAAAACUCUUCUCAUCCUGGAAUUACUCGAUGCUAAAAACAUUCAAGGGAAUAUUAAAGAAUUGGCAAGCACAAUGGAUGGUUUUUAUGACCAGCAGGUCCCUUUCAUGGUCCCUGGGAAACCUUGCACAGAUGAAUGUCGCGGGAGGCCAGUGAAUGACAGAAAAAGGAAGUUUCAGGACACUGACUUGGCUCAUGAUUCUGAAGAAUUGUUUCAGGAUCUCAGCCAGCUGCAGGAGGCUUGGUUAGCUGAAGCCCAAGUUCCCGAUGAUGAACAGUUUGUCCCAGAUUUCCAGUCCGAUAACUUGGUACUUCAUGCACCACCCCCAGCUAAGAUCAAGAGGGAACUCCACAGCCCUUCAUCUGAGUUGUCCACCUGUAGUCACGAACAGGUGCUCUGUGCUAAUUAUGGAGAAAAGUGCCUCUACAACUAUUGUGCCUACGACAGGAAGCCCCCUGCUGGUUUCAAGCCAUUAACUCCACCUACCACCCCAGCAUCACCUGCCCUCCAGAGUACCUCUCUUCCACCCCCACCUCUGCCAGAAGCACCUGUCCAGACUCCCGCCCAUGUCCCUACAACAGGCCCUCUGCAAGGCCCCCCCCCUCCAUCUGUCCCUCAUGCUCUUCAGGAACCAAGGCAGCAAACCUUUGCUGUUCCUCGACCACCUCAUCACCCUAUUCAGAUGCCAAAGAUGAUGCCUGAAAACCAGUAUCCACCAGAACACAGGUUUCAGAGACAGAUGUCUGAACCUUGCCACCCAUAUUCCCAGCCAGGAGUUUCUGGGGAAAAUCGCCCCAUCUAUCACAGGCAGAUGUCAGAGCCUAUUGUCCCUGCAGCUGCCCAUCCUCCUCAGGGAUUCAAGCAGGAAUACCAUGACCCACUCUAUGAUCAUGGGGUCCCAGGCAUUCCAGGGCCCCCAAGGCAUGGAUUCCAGUCUCCAAUGGGAAUCAAGCAAGAGCCCAGGGACUACUGCAUUGAUUCAGAAGUGCCUAACUGUCAGUCUACAUAUGUAAGAGGAGGAGGAGGAGGCUACUUCCCCAACAGCCAUGAUGGAUUUCCCUAUGAGAAAGAUGCCCGUUUGUACUUUGACGACACUUGUGUUGUUCCAGAGAGGAUGGAAGGUAAAGUGAAGCAAGAACCCACAGUAUAUCGUGAAGGGCCUCCAUACCAGAGAAGAGGGUCACUCCAGCUGUGGCAGUUCCUUGUCACACUCCUUGAUGACCCAGCCAACGCCCACUUCAUUGCGUGGACCGGCAGGGGUAUGGAGUUCAAGCUGAUUGAGCCAGAAGAGGUAGCUCGUCGGUGGGGAAUCCAGAAGAAUCGGCCGGCGAUGAACUAUGACAAACUCAGCCGCUCUCUUCGCUACUACUAUGAAAAAGGCAUAAUGCAAAAGGUGGCCGGAGAGCGGUAUGUCUACAAGUUUGUUUGUGACCCCGAUGCCCUCUUCUCCAUGGCCUUCCCUGACAAUCAGCGCCCAUUCUUAAAAGCUGAACCAGACUGCCAUGUGAAUGAAGAUGACACCUUACCUCUGACACACUUUGAAGAUAACUCUGCGUACCUCCUAGAGCUGGAUCACUGCAGCAACCUCCCCUACGCUGAGGGCUUUGCUUACUGACUUGCUGAGCAGCUGAAUGCUGACAGUAGAGACUCCAGUUCCAACAAAUAAGGGCAAAUGGUUUUUGUAAAGGAUUUCUGCUGUUCAUGAAGCGGCUCUUUGCAAAUAUUAUCAGAAGAGCCUAAAAUACUUAAUGGCCCUCCAAAUUGAAGACAGCCAGUAGCAUGGCUAGUGAAUAGGACCUCCGGUUGCUGACUGCUUCAGCUACAACCAUGAAGAACAAUUGGAGAAGGAGUUCCAACAGGGAUGUCUUCUGGAACCUGUUGCUAGGGUCAUGUGUGACAUACAUGUUCACAGGACUUGAAUAGACAGUGUGUGAUUAGCAAAUGUCAAGAAAAUAUGCUAUAUAACAAUCACAAUUUUUGUAUCUACCUUGUAUAAUGGAAAGGGCUUGGAACUGCAGAGGAACCAGUGCAGUGUAAGCCCUUUGGAAUGGGUCAUGGCUUAGUGUGGUGCUUCUGGCAUGGCUGAAUUAGCUCAGUCCUCUGGGUUCUCAGUAUACAGCUCUUCAAUCUGAAAAAGGCUUUUCUUCUGAUUCUUUUUUGUUUGUUUGUUUGUUUGUUUGUAUUAGGAAAAAAUGUUCUGUAAUAAGCAACCCAACAUAAAGGACAGCACUUACACAGCAGAUCCCUAUGAGCCCAGCAGGCUCUUGGCCACACUCUCUGUUACAAGGCUGCACAUGGAUGGCUUGCUUUUAUGGGGUAAGGGGACUUGGCCAAAACCCUUUUUAUGUUGUGGGGCAACAUUUGUAACUACAGUUUUGUAGGUUUUUGUAUCUAAGGCACAACCAGCUUUUAGCAGUGCUGAGCUGCUGCUUUCUUGCUUCCGGAGGCGCUGAUGCUAAGGGUGCUGCAGCUUGGACAGGGUUCCUCUUGCCCUACCAUGCCCAGCUUUGUGCUGUUCUGCAGUGGAUCCUGUCCAGGACAGUUUGUACACUGUGCUCUGCAUUCAGAGUAUGCUCCUGUGCAGCAGCAAAUGCAAGCUGUUCGGCUUUUCCUGUGACUGGAGACUGUAUGUAUAUAAUACAAGACGGCUCCAGCCAUUGAACUUCCCCAAGGUAGGACAGUUCUCACCCUGUGGCAGCAUUGCCUUGUUACAGCUGAACCACCUUUUCCAGUUCUUACUAGGCUUGCAAGCAAAAGAGAUGCAGAAUGUGUAUACAGACACGUUUUUAGCUUCAUUUGUAAGUUGCUUUACCCUUCAAUUCAUGCAAGUUGCAUAUUUUAAGAGGAUUUUUUAAAAAGAAAAAAUAUAACUUGGUUUGUAAAAAUUCAGAGAGGAAGGGGAGGAGGUCAGAGUUGCUUAGUAUAUAUAAAAUAUAUCUGGAUCCUUCAGAAAUUUCUCCUCUUCUUCCUGUGAGCCUCAUUGGCAUGCACCUGUAAUAUGCUUGACCCAAAUAUGCAUAUAUUUCCCUGCGGGCUCGCAAGUUUUGUUGUAAAUGCUGUAUAGGAUUUCUCUUUCUGCUUUGAUAACUUUGUUUGGGUUUUUGACUAACUUUUUUUUAAGUGUGAAGAUUAACUCUUUUUAGACAACUCAGCAACUCUCCCCAGAAUGCAUUAAGUGGCCUGUCACAAAGCACAGGGCAUCAGUAAAAUCAGCUGCGGCCCCCAUUAUGCCCCAGGGCUUAACAAAACCAAUGGUGUUUUUGUUUCAUUUUGGUAUGGGAAGUCGAUAGUGCAGAAAGGGUAAAUCUGAGGAUUGAUGUGAAAUGACUAUUGCCUGAGCAGGGCUAUAUAAUAUAUCUCCUGCAAAGCUGCAUUACAUUCUGUACUGUGUACAAUAAAGGAUUUUUGCUUUCUGU